AUGCCCGAGGACAACGCCAACCUGGACGCCGAUGUUUUGGUUAUCGGAGCAGGCUUGGCAGGCAUAUAUACUGUGAUAUCCCUUAAACGUCUAGGACUCCGGGUCAAAGUCAUUGAACGUGCACCUGAAGUAGGGGGCGUCUGGUAUUGGAACAAGUACCCAGGGGCACGGUUCGACUCUGAAAGCUACACCUAUAUGUUCACCUUUUCGAAAGAGUUGCUAGACGAGUGGAAUUGGAAAGAACAUUUCUCCGCACAGCCAGACACAUUGAAUUACAUCAACUACAUUGUGGACAAAUUUGAUAUUCGCCCAAACUUCCAGCUCGAAACCGAGGUCAAAUCUGCUCGCUACGAUAGCGCAACGCGCUCAUGGACUUUGACCGACUCCACAAAAAGGAUAUACACGUCUAGAUUUCUCAUAAACUGCCUGGGUCCUCUUACCACCCCAACCCUUCCGGAUAUCCCCGGCGUGGCAGAUUUUAAAGGAAUUGCCUAUCAUACAUCUCGUUGGCCAGAUGAUCCUGUUCCGCUGGCUGGAAAGCGAGUUGGUGUCAUUGGUACCGGUGCUACUGGUAUCCAAACAAUCCAGGAAGUUGCAAAGACUGCAAAACAACUGACUGUGUUUCAACGGACGGCAAAUUGGACCGCUCCGCUUCGAAAUAGCAAUAUUGAUCAGGAGGAAAUGGAGUCGAUUCGGGAGCGAUACCCGGAUAUAAUCAGAGCUUGCAAGGCAAGUCCGAUGGGUUUUAUGUAUCAACCAGACCCCCGAGAAGCCUUGAAAUUACCGAAAGAAGAAUGCGAGGCUGUAUGGGAGAGCCAUUACAAUCAAAGAGGCUUGGUCAAAUGGGUUGGCAACUUCAAGGAUAUCUUCACCAACCAGGAAGCCAACGACCUUUACAGUGAAUGGAUGUCGAGGAAGGUUCGGGCUCGCGUUAAUGACCCGGCUGUUGCAGAGAAACUUAUUCCAAAGAGCCAUGGCUUCGGAACGAGAAGAGUACCCUUAGAGAAUGGGUAUUAUGAGCUUUUCAACAAGCCGCACGUGAAGCUAGUCGAUCUCCUCGAGACACCUAUUGAGCGGAUCACGGAGACUAGCGUCAAAACCACAACCGAAAAUGUUGAACUCGAUGUUCUGAUCUACGCAACAGGAUUUGAUGCCCUUACUGGAUCAUACGAGGAGAUCGAAUACUUUGGACAAGGAGGGUUGAGUCUCAAAGAAUGUUGGGAGCAUGGCCCCAGGACCUAUCUCGGCUUUGCUGUCCCCGGGUUCCCAAACAUGUUCAAUAUCCUGGGCCCUCACCAAGCAACUGGUAAUAUUCCUCACGUCAUUGAAUAUGCCGUCGAAUGGGUUUCGAGGUUCAUGAAAUACCUGCAGGACCAUGGGAUCACCUAUGUCAACCCUGAUGUAGAGGGUGAAAAGAUGUGGACACAGCAUGUUUUUGAUUGCACCAAAAUACCCCUUUCUGCAAAGGUAAACUCUUGGAUGACUGGAUAUAACUCGAAUCGCCCUGGAAAGAGCCAAAGAAGAGUUAUUCGUUACUUUGGCAACAACAUCGAAUUCCGCCGGCGCUGUGAAGAGGUAGCGGCGAACGGCUAUGAGCACUUUGAGAUGAAAUGA